AUGAAGUUAGAAAAUACUCUAUUUACACUCGGUGCCUUAGGGAGCAUCUCUGCCGCUUUGGUCAUCCCUAACCUCGAAAAUGCCGCCGACAAUCAUGAACUGGUGAGUAAGGACAAGGACCAGGAGACAUCUGGGAACUUGAAAUUCGCUAGUGGUGACGGAGAAAAGUCUAUCAAGAAGGGUCACAGUGGCGGAGGACAUGGAGGGUCCCACAGGAAUGGGCACACUGGAGGAAAGGGCACUAAGUCCGAGGAGGGCGAAAGUUCUGACGAUGAGGACAAGCCUCAUCGUAAGGGCGGUUGCCACGAUAAGAAGAAGAAGAAGGGGAAGAAGGGGAAGAAGGUGAAGAGUAAGAAGCAUGAUGGAAAGACGUUGGAAAAAGGGAGGCCUAACAACAAGCUGGCCCCUUUGGUAUCUACCGCACAAUUCAACCCAGACGCCAUCUCCAAGAUCAUCCCCAACCGUUACAUCGUCGUAUUCAAAAAAGGUGUUCCAGAAGAAGAAGUCAACUUCCACAAGGAGAGCGUCCAUCAAGCGCAGCUCCAAUCCGUAGAGAACUUAUCUGCUGAAGACGCUUUCUUCACUUCCACCAGGGACACUUAUCUGUCCACCUCCGAAGCUGGCGGUAUUCAGGACUCUUUCAACAUCGACAAUAUCUUUUCCGGUUACAUUGGCUAUUUUACCCAGGAAAUUAUCGACUUGAUACGUCAAAACCCAUUAGUGGAUUUCGUUGAAAGAGACUCGGUGGUCGAGGCCACAGAGUUCGACACUCAAAAUAGUGCCCCAUGGGGGUUAGCCCGUAUUUCUCACAGAGAGCGUCUAAACCUGGGCUCUUUCAACAAGUAUCUGUAUGAUGAUGAUGCUGGCCGCGGCGUCACAUCCUAUGUUAUUGACACAGGUGUCAAUAUCAAUCAUAAGGACUUCGAAAAAAGAGCCAUUUGGGGGAAAACCAUCCCGCUCAACGACGAAGACCUCGACGGAAACGGACACGGUACUCACUGUGCUGGUACCAUCGCUUCCAAGCACUACGGUGUCGCUAAGAACGCCAACGUUGUUGCCGUCAAAGUUUUGAGAUCAAACGGGUCUGGUACCAUGUCUGAUGUCGUCAAAGGUGUGGAAUACGCCGCAAAAGCGCACCAAAAGCAAGCUCAAGAAAAGAAGAAGGGGUUCAAAGGUUCCACAGCAAAUAUGUCUCUUGGCGGUGGUAAAUCCCCCGCUUUGGACCUGGCUGUCAAUGCUGCCGUUGAGGCCGGUAUCCACUUUGCCGUAGCUGCCGGUAAUGAAAACCAAGAUGCCUGUAACACUUCCCCAGCUUCUGCUGAUAAAGCCAUUACCGUGGGCGCUUCCACGUUGAGCGAUGACAGAGCCUACUUCUCUAACUGGGGUAAGUGUGUCGACGUUUUCGCCCCAGGUUUGAACAUUUUGUCCACUUACAUUGGCAGUGACGAAGCUACCGCUACUUUAUCUGGUACUUCUAUGGCUUCUCCUCACGUUGCUGGUUUGUUGACCUACUUUUUAUCUUUACAACCAGGAUCCGAUAGUGAGUUUUUCGAACUGGGCCAGGACUCUUUGACCCCUCAACAACUGAAAAAGAAGCUAAUUCAUUACAGUACGAAGGACAUUUUGUUCGACAUUCCUGAGGACACUCCAAAUUUCUUGAUCUACAACGGUGGUGGUCAAGAUUUGUCCGCGUUCUGGAAUGACACCAAAAAGUCUCAUCCAUCUGGUUCCAAGCAUGAAUUGAAUAUGGAUGAAUUCAUUGGUUCAAAGACCGAUUUGCUCUUCGAACAAGUAAGAGAUGUUCUUGAUAAAUUGAAUAUCAUUUAA